AUGCUUGGCAUUGAUUUAGACUUCCACCGCCAUAAAUGGGCAAUCAUCUACUGUUCCAUCUCCGCUGUGGGCGCAUUUGUCUUUGGCUAUGACAACACAUAUUAUAGUGGAAUUCUUGGAAUGCAAACAUUCAAGAAUGACUUUGGCAACUACUACGAGAAUGGUGCCAAGGCACUCGCAACUGACUUUCAGUCUCUCACAACAUCGAGCAUCUAUAUUGGCGAUAUGUUUGGCGCACUGAUUGCAGGUCCACUGAAGGAUCGGUUUGGACCAAAGACCGUUAUGUGGAUUGCUGCUUUCUUUGCCCUGGCUGGAGGUGUUAGUCAAGUUGCUGAUACCGAUAUCAUGGGUAUCAUUGUCAUGGGACGGAUUCUCAUUGGUCUUGGUGUGGGAAACUUUAGAGUGACAUCGCUUCUCUAUAUGGGAAAAAUUGCUCCGCUCGAGAUCCGAAGCCCAGCGCUCUAUAUGUACCAAUUCCUGCAGUCUUUCUCUCAACGUGUCGCAGCGGGUCUCACGCAAGGCACCAACUCGAUAAACUCCUCCAUCUCCUACAAACUACCAAUGGGCGGUCUUGAUAUUCUCUCACUUGCAGCUUUCAUCCUCCUCCCAUUUAUCCCCGAAAGUCCCACAUGGUUCAUCUCGAGAAAGCGAACAAGUGAUGCAGAGGCAUCUCUCCGGAAGAUCAACAAAAACGACCCAACCUACGAUCCAUCCGCGGACAUCGCAUUCCUCGAGCAGGAACGAGAGCACGAAGAAGAGCAAUUGACAGCAUCAUCAUGGAAAUCUCUAUUCUUAGACCCAAUCGAGCGCAAGAAACUGAUCUGGGCCGGAGGUGGCAUGUACGCGCAGCAUAUCUGCGGCAUCAUCUUCUUCUACAACUACGGGGUAGUCUUCGCGGAAGAGAUCGGCAUAUCAGACCCUUUCACAGUCAGCCUCAUUACGAUGAUCCUGCAGAUCUUCGCCGUCGCCGCCUCCGUAUUAACAGCAAAUAAACUCAAGCGACGCACAAAUCUACUCAUCAGCACAACAGCAAUUUUCCUAGCCUUUAUCAUCAUUGGCGCUCUCGUGACUCGAGAGCUUUCGGUGAGUGUUAAUCAGAACAAAAUCAUCUCCGUGUCAGUUGUAGCGCUGUACUUCUUUUUAUGGGUGAUUUCGUUUACGGCUCCACAUCUAUUCACGGAUGCAGGAUUGGAUCCUAUGGUUGGAUUUGUUUAUGCGGCUACAACACUUACGUCCCUUGCUUGGGUUUGGUUCGGUGUUGGUGAAACUCAGGGGAGGACUCAGACGGAGAUUUCAAAGUUUUUCACUGAGCAUGUUCCGGCGAGGAAGUGUAAGACUCAUGUUUUUACAGAUAUUGGACUUCGCGCGAAGAAGGUGGUUUAUGGUGAUAAGACCGAAGUUCAACAUUUGGAGAACUAG